GACCAGGAAGAAAAUAAAGGAGCCACCAGCUGGCCAGAGUUUUAUAUCGAUCAGCUGAAUUCAAUGGCUGCUAGGAAAUCACUGAUUGCUUUGGAAAAAGAAGACGAGGAGGAGAGGAAUAAAACAAUAGAAAGUUUGAAGACUGCACUGAGGACGAAACCAAUGAGGUUUGUGACCCGCUUCAUCGACCUGGACGGCUUGUCGUGUAUCCUGAACUUCCUCAAAAGCAUGGACUAUGAGACGGCAGAGUCUCGAAUACAUACCUCGCUCAUUGGAUGUAUAAAAGCACUAAUGAACAACUCCCUGGGCCGGGCUCAUGUCCUGGCCCACUCGGAGAGCAUUAAUGUAAUCGCUCAGAGUCUGAGCACGGAGAAUAUUAAGACGAAGGUGGCAGUGCUGGAAAUCAUGGGCGCUGUGUGCCUGGUUCCCGGGGGUCACAAGAAGGUGCUGGAGGCCAUGCUGCACUACCAGAAAUAUGCCAGCGAGCGGACUCGGUUUCAGACGCUGAUCAAUGACCUGGACAAGAGCACGGGGCGGUAUCGGGACGAGGUGAACCUCAAGACGGCCAUCAUGUCCUUCAUCAACGCCGUGCUGAGCCAGGGCGCCGGCGUGGAAAGCCUGGAUUUCAGACUCCAUCUGAGAUAUGAGUUUCUCAUGCUGGGAAUCCAGCCCGUCAUUGAUAAACUAAGAGAGCAUGAAAAUUCAACCCUAGACCGGCAUUUAGAUUUUUUUGAAAUGCUUAGAAACGAAGAUGAACUGGAAUUUGCCAAAAGAUUUGAACUGGUUCACAUAGACACCAAAAGUGCGACGCAGAUGUUUGAGCUGACGAGGAAGAGGCUGACUCACACGGAAGCGUACCCCCACUUCAUGUCUAUCCUCCACCACUGCCUCCAAAUGCCUUACAAAAGAAGCGGCAACACUGUCCAGUACUGGCUACUGCUCGACAGGAUCGUGCAGCAGAUCGUCAUACAGAGCGACAAGGGGCAGGACCCCGACGCCACCCCCCUGGAGAACUUCAACAUCAAAAACGUCGUCCGAAUGUUAGUCAAUGAAAAUGAAGUUAAGCAGUGGAAGGAGCAAGCCGAAAAAAUGCGCAAAGAGCACAGUGAGCUUCAGCAGAAGCUGGAGAAGAAGGAGCGGGAGUGCGACGCCAAGGCCCAGGAGAAGGAGGAGAUGAUGCAGACACUGAACAAGAUGAAAGAGAAGCUGGAGAAGGAGUCCACCGAGCACAAGCAGGUCAAGCAGCAAGUGGCCGACCUCACGGCGCAGCUCCACGAGAUGAGCCGGAGAGCCACCUGUGCGGCCGUCCCCGGAGGACCCCCCUUCGGGGCGCCGCUGGGCUUGGCGCUCAAGAAGAAGAGCAUCCCGCAGCCCACCAACGCCCUCAAGUCCUUCAACUGGUCCAAGCUGCCCGAGAACAAGCUGGCCGGCACCGUGUGGACCGAGAUCGACGACGCGAAGGUCUUCAAAAUCCUCGACCUGGAGGACCUCGAGAGAACCUUCUCGGCCUACCAAAGGCAGCAGGACUUCUUUGUGAACAGUAGCUCCAGGCAGAAGGAAGAUGCUAUCGAUGACACGUUGAGUUCCAGGCAUAAAGUCAAGGAGCUUUCGGUAAUAGACGGCCGGAGAGCUCAGAAUUGCAAUAUUCUUCUCUCAAGGCUGAAGCUGUCGAAUGAGGAGAUCAAACGGGCGAUCCUGACUAUGGAUGAGCAGGAGGACCUUCCAAAGGACAUGCUGGAACAGCUCCUGAAAUUUGUUCCUGAAAAGGGUGACAUUGACCUCCUGGAGGAGCACAAGCACGAGCUGGACCGCAUGGCCAAGGCAGACCGGUUCCUCUUUGAAAUGAGCAGGAUAAACCAUUACCAGCAACGGCUGCAGUCCCUCUACUUCAAGAAGAAGUUUGCAGAGAGAGUUGCAGAAGUCAAACCCAAAGUUGAAGCGAUCCGCGCCGGCUCCAAGGCCGUGCUCCAGAGCAGCAGCUUGCAGCAGCUGCUGGAAGUGGUCCUGGCCUUCGGCAACUACAUGAACAAGGGCCAGAGGGGAAACGCCUUCGGGUUCAAAAUCUCCAGCCUGAACAAGAUUGCAGAUACCAAGUCCAGCAUUGACAAGAACAUUACUCUUUUGCACUAUCUCAUCACUAUCGUGGAAAAGAAAUACCCCAAGGUCCUCCGCCUUCACGAAGAGCUGCGAGACAUCCCGCAAGCGGCCAAAGUCAACAUGACAGAACUGGAGAAAGAAAUAAACACUCUGCGGAGCGGGCUGCGAGCCGUGGAGACCGUGAGUAUUAUUUACUGCCUUCCUCAUCCAUCGUCCCCAGGAGACAAGUUUGUAGCUGUGGUCAGCCAGUUCAUCACAUUAGCCAGCUUCAGCUUCUCAGAUGUGGAAGAUCUCCUGAUGGAAGCAAAAGAGCUGUUUUCUAAGGCUGUGAAGCACUUUGGAGAAGACACGGACAAAAUGCAGCCGGACGAGUUUUUUGGCAUCUUUGACCAGUUCCUUCAAGCUGUGACUGAGGCCAAGCAGGAGAACGAAAACAUGAGGAGGAGGAAGGAGGAGGAGGAGCGCCGUGCGCGCAUGGAGGCCCAGCUCAAGGAGCAGCGGGAGCGGGAGCGCAAGGCGCGCAAGGCCAAGGAGAGCGGCGAGGAGGGCGGCGAGUUCGACGACCUCGUCUCGGCCCUGCGCUCGGGCGAAGUCUUCGACAAGGACCUCUCCAAGCUGAAGCGCAACCGCAAGCGCAUCGCCAACCAGCUGGCCGACGGCAGCCGCGAGAGGCCCGUCACCAAGCUCAACUUCUGAGGGACCUG